UGAAAGUAGAUUUGAGUAAACGCAUCCUUUGAUUGACUUGCUCAAUUUUCCACUGGCGUUCGGUAUUCUUCAUUUUUGAGUGCUGUUUGGGGAGUUUUGGACGAUAUUCAGCGCGGGGAUUUUCUUGUGAGAUCAUUUACUUUUCGUUUAAAUCAGUCUUCAAAAUGGCGUCGGAUCACAGUGACAUGGAGGAGGGUGAGGUAGUUGAAGUAAAAGAAGAAACAGACCUGAGACAAAAAUUGCUCAAAAGGGAGCGCUUUGAUGCUGAAGAAGAAGAAGAUGAGGAAGGAUUAUCAAUAAAACCUCCCCCUGUUCCAACUAAGAAACACAAGCAUAGGCACAAAAAUAAGGAAGAAAAAAAGAAAAAACACAGGAAAAAAAGAAGCAGAUCGAGAGAGAAAAAAAAUGAACAAAAAUCAAGAGUCACAGUUCUAAAACCAGACGAUAGAACUGAUCGUAAUAAAUACCCAGAAAAAUAUGAUGAUUACAGAGGAGGUAAAGAUGAGAGAAGGAGAAAUGACGAUAAUAGAAAUUAUGAUCGUGGUAGAGGAAACACAAAUCGUCAACCUAGGAUUCAUGAAAGAAGGGAAGAAUUCGGUAGCCGAGGUGAUGCCAGAGGUGACCGAGAUAACUAUUAUCAUCCAUUGAGAAGAGAAGAUGAUGACAGAAUAAGUGGAGGAGAUAGACAUUCUUCACAAUAUCGUGGUAAAGAUCAUGGCCGAUACCAGACAACAGGUGGGGUAGACUUUCAUACUCGUCCUGGAUCACAAAUCUCAAGAAGAGGAGGUGAAAGUUCAUCAGCACAACAUAGAAGAGAGGAAGUUCGGGGUGGUAGACGAGAUAGACCACCGCCGCCAUUACUUGUUCGACGUUAUGAUGAUGAAGAUGACAGAUCUAAGAAUGAACCAGGAAAAUAUUCAAAACCGUCAUCAACGGUGUCAUCGUCUUCUGAAAGGUCCAAAAUAUCAAUCAGAGAUCAAGAUAGAAAACGAAGAGAUGAAUCACGAAAUAAAUCUCCAACAAAAUCUCAUCGACAAGCUCAAACUUCUACGGGUGUAAGAGUUGAAAAUAAUAUGAAUGAUGAAGUUUUGAGCAUCAAUUCAUCAGAUGAAGAUAUAUCAGAAAAUCAAAAAGACGAAGAAAGUGACAAAGAUGUUACUGAGGAAACGGCAGACCAGAGCCCAGCAGGAUCUGGUUCAGAAGAAGACGUCGAAGCAUCUUCAGGGUCUGAGGGUACUGGUGAGGAGGAACAAGAUUUAUCUGGAGAAGAGAGUGGGAGUGGUGAGGAAGAGGAACCAGGAUCUUCUGAAGAGGAGGAUGCUGAGAGUGGAAAUGAAUCUCCUUUGGAGCCUUUGAGAUCAAAGUUUGAUUCUCCAGAACCUGAUCAAGAAGGUUCAGAAUCUGAUGAUGAUGGACAGGAGGAAGGUGAAGAUGAAAGUGCUGCAUCCGAUUCUGAUCAACAAAUGGAGGAAUCUCCUGUUCCUUCUCCAGAGAUAUUGAAGCCAGAACUUCCAUAUUAUUUACCUGCGAUACAAGGAUGUCGAAGUGUUGAUGAGUUCCAGUGUUUAAAUCGAAUUGAAGAAGGCACUUAUGGUGUUGUCUAUAGAGCAAAAGACAAGAAAACAGGUGAAGUUGUUGCAUUAAAACGUUUAAAAAUGGAGAAAGAACGUGAGGGUUUUCCUAUCACAUCUUUAAGAGAAGUUUGCACUUUAUUAAAAGCACAUCAUCCUAAUAUUGUUACAGUACAGGAAAUUGUUGUCGGAUCGAACAUGGAUAAGAUAUACAUUGUGAUGGAUUAUGUUGAACAUGAUUUGAAAAGUUUGAUGGAAACUAUGAAGCAACCUUUCCUCGUUGGUGAAGUUAAAACAUUGAUGAUUCAAUUAUUAAGAGGUGUCCAUCAUCUACAUGAUAACUGGAUAUUGCACAGAGAUUUAAAAACAUCUAAUUUGUUAUUGAGCCACAGAGGAAUAUUGAAAAUUGGGGAUUUUGGACUUGCGAGGGAGUACGGAUCACCAUUGAAACCUUAUACACCCAUUGUUGUUACAUUAUGGUAUCGAUCUCCUGAGUUAUUACUAGGAUGCAAGGAAUAUUCAACAUAUAUAGACAUAUGGAGUGUUGGUUGUAUAUUUGCUGAACUUCUAACAAUGAAACCUUUGUUUCCCGGGAAAUCUGAAAUAAUGCAACUCAACUUAAUAUUUAAGGAACUCGGUACACCAAGCGAAAAAAUUUGGCCAGGUUACGAUGAGUUGCCGAUGGUGAGAAAAGCGACUUUUGUAAAUUAUCCAUAUAAUCAGUUAAGAAAAAGAUUUGGAACAAGCAUAACUGAGAAAGGAUUCAAACUUCUGAACAGGUUUCUCACAUACUGCCCAAGCAAGCGCAUCACUGCCCAAGGAGCGUUAAAGCAUGACUGGUUUCAUGAAACUCCACAACCCGUUGAUCCUGCUAUGUUUCCAACGUGGCCUGCAAAGAGUGAACAACCCAGGGUGAAGAAAGUUGUUGACAGUCCUAAAGCUCCACAGGGUGGAAAAGAAUACAACAGUCUUAUAAAUGAUGAAGAAGGAUUAGUCACAGGAUUUCAAUUAACUGCACCAAAGCACGGAAUAAGUAAACAUGGAGUUGGAUUCAAUCUAAAGUUCUGAAAGCAUCUUGUCAGUAAUAUAGUCUUCAAACUUGCUCGAUAACUACCCUACCUGGAAGACAUGGGAAGAACCUGAAAUUUCAGUUUGAGGACCUGGUGGUACUACAGAAUGAACAGAUAUGCUCCCAGUGCCAUGUAGAAACCUGGCUUACAAAAUUCUGUGGUUUGUUUGAAAGAAUGGCAAUUUAUACUUCUUUACUAUGUUUUAUGAAUAAAAUAUUGUUGAUAGUACAAUCAAUGCACGUCAA